CUUUCAUCCAAAUGGCCAAUAGGAUUUGUCAUAAAUAAAACCUGAAAUCUAAAUAUUCCUCUUGCCUGCCAAGACUUUUUAAAAAACUUACAUUUACUCCCAGGCUUCAAAUUUUAAUCAGGACUUUUAUCAAUACAAAUUCAUGCCUUGGCCACUCUACUAAAUUAAAGAGUAAUGGAGCAGGAAAUUGAUACGUUAGAGAUUGAAAAUUUACCAUGGUAUCAUCCAACAUUGAGCAGACAUACAGCGGAGAGCAUGUUGAUGCAGAAUGGAAUGGACGGCACAUACCUUCUGAGGCAAAGCUCUAAAGGCUCAGGGGAGUACGCAUUGUCCGUGAAGUGUGAGCAGGCGGUCAAGCACUUCAAUAUUGUGUGGACAGGUUUGGAUAUCAAAUUUGGCCAGUGCACCUUCCGAUCUGCAGCUGACUUUGUUGAGCAUUUCAAAAACAAACCGCUCCUUUGUGGUGAAUCAGGGCAGGUGGUCCUGUUGAAAAUUCCAUACCCGAGGGAUAUCAGCGAACCAGAUAUGUAUGAGUCUGUGACCUUGCAUGCCGAGUUUAGUACGGCAGAUGAUUCGCAGGUAAUAAGUGCAGAUUUUUCUGUCAACUCCAAGGAAGGUUUCCUGACAAAGAUGGGACGCCAUUUUAAAACAUGGAGGACUCGGUGGUUUGUGCUACAGCGCAAUGAGCUUAAGUACUAUAAGCAAAAGUUCAGCAAAAAUCCUAUACGUGUUUUAGAUCUCAAUGAGUGUAAGGGAUGCCGUCAAGAUUUCACACAAAAAGACAAAAGCUGUGUCAUUAGAUUGGAUAUGGGCUGGCGAGUUUUUUUGCUUUAUUCUGUUUCUGAGCAUGACAUGGAGGACUGGAUCAAAAGGAUCAACUGGCGCCUGAAGGCAAAUCAAACUCGAGGGAGCAUAAACUCUGGAAACUCUUAAAACGUGUAAAUAUUUGUUUUUUAUCAUAAUACAUAUAUAUUUAUAUAUAUUGUUGAUUAAGUUGUUUUUUUAUCGCUGAG